AUGUUCGUAUCACGUCCUGUAACAACGGCCACCCACAAAACUCGCUCCCCUCUGCCCAUGAAGGAAUAUGCCGCAGAGGGUCUAAAUAUUCCGCUAAAGAAAAAUUGGUUAGAUUCCUGGUGUACCCUACCAAAUGCUUGUGAUACAGUCCUUCCAGAGUUACUCCGCUAUGAAGUACGCGAUGAUGAUGUUUUUGUUGUGACCUUUAUGAAAUGUGGCACCACCUGGAUGCAGGAGACCGCUUGGUUGCUUAUUAAUAAUUUAGAUUAUGAAAAAAGUAAACAGGUGGCGGUGUUGGAUAGAAGUCCAUUUUUAGAAGAUCAUGGUAUUGUCAGUGGAGCUCGCGAUGCCAUAAAGUAUAGUCAAACAUUGUCCAGUCCACGUUUACUCAAAUCACACAUGCCAGCCAAUUUGCUGCCGUUGCAGAUGUGGGAACGCAAACAAAAGAUUAUUUAUGUGGCUCGCAAUUGCAAAGAUGUUGUUGUAUCCUCAUAUCACUUCCUCAAAAAAUUGGGUCUCUGGACGGGAGACAAUAUCGAAGAUUAUGUUAAUGAUUUUAUCAACAAUGAGCUGAAUUAUACCAGUUAUUGGAAUCACAUUAAAUGA